AUUGAUAAAUAGCGAAUGAACUUUGUGCAACACUUUGCUAUUUCAGUGAUAAAGGGUCUGAUUAUUUAUUAUCAAAAAACAAAACAAAGUUUUGUCGUUUUAUUUGUGAAGAAGUACAUAAACGCCGUCAAAAUUACUUACUACUCGAAGUACAACGGGAAUAUUUCCGCCAUGGCUAAGCCAGUAUUAUAUUCAUACUGGCGAAGCUCAUGUUCGUGGCGGGUGCGGAUUGCACUCAACUUGAAGGAGAUACCUUAUGAUAUCAAGGCUGUCAGCCUGAUAAAGGGUGGCGGGGAACAACACUGCAAUGAGUACCGGGAAGUCAACCCUAUGGAGCAGGUCCCAUCUCUGUGUAUAGAUGGGCACACCCUUGUGGAAUCUCUGAAUAUAAUGCAUUACUUGGAAGAGACAAGACCAAAUCAAAGGCCUCUGAUGCCCCAAGAUUGCUUUAAACGCGCAAAAGUUCGGGAAAUCUGCGAGGUGAUAUCCUCAGGCAUUCAGCCUUUGCAGAACUUGAUAGUUCUCAUCUACGUUGGGGAGGAGAAAAAGAAGGAGUGGGCUCAGCACUGGAUAACCCGAGGUUUCAGGGCUGUCGAGAAGCUUCUCUCAGCCUGUGCUGGGAAAUACUGUGUGGGCGAUGAGAUUACUCUGGCUGACUGCUGUCUUGUGCCUCAAGUUUUCAAUGCUAGAAGGUUUCACGUAGACCUUCGCCCGUUCCCCAUAAUUCUCCGCAUAGACCGUGAGCUGGAGAAUCACCCAGCGUUCCGCGCCGCCCACCCCUCCUCGCAGCCCGACUGCCCGCCAGAGGUCGCCAAAUGAGCCCGAAACGACGCCACGUCCACAUAUUGGCCGCACACAUCAAAUACCUCGCUUUUACAGCGAUACGUUUGAAUUUAGAACUGUGGAGGACCAGAUGAAGAAAGGUUGCCUAUCUCUGGUGAACAGCACAAGCAAUGCAGGGUGGUUUUUAUUAUUAUCUAUGGUUUCAUCUAUUGAUACAAUGCAAUAUUUAAAGGAAUAUAAUGGUAGGAUCCUGCUUCUGUGUAUAACCAAUCUGUGGACAUGGUAGUGGUAACGGGUAGUUACUUUCUUGUAUGAAGAUUUUUGCAAUUUUAUACAAAAGUCGCUCUUUUUUCUUUGAUUACUCGUCAUAGCCUUAAGCUUUUAUUCUAAUCUAGUCUGAUAAAUAAUUUUAAGCAACUUUUAUAAGGUUUU